AUGCAUAAUGCUAGUCCAACAAACUAUUUUCACCUCCCAAUCACCUAUGGUGGAUUAGGUAUUCCAAGAUUCGACUUCUUUGCUGAUGAAAUUAGAAUCGAAACAGCCCUUUAUCUUAUUAACAAUGAGAACGAACUCCUUAGAGAAGUCUAUUCAGAAGGAAUUAAAUAUGAAAAUUCGAUUUUUAAGGAAAUGAAUAGAUCAAUGAAGAAAUACAAGAUCAAACCUCAACAAUUUAACAAUGAUGAAAAUCUUCCAAAAUUCAAAGGAAAGAAUUUUACUAUUUACACUGACGGAUCAAAUCUAAACAAUUCAACAGGUUUCGGCUUCACCGCCAAAGUCAACAAUUCCCAAGAAACCCAAGAAUUCUCGUAA